GUGUGAAUAUCUCUACAGCUUCGUCAGCAUUUCAAUCCAGUGUUGGUGACCCGUUUGUCCAUAGGUAAAAGCAGUUCUGGUGGGAGGAUUGCGUCAACAACAAACAGCUCAAGUGAAAAAAAUUACGCAUCAACGAAGGGAAAAUGGACUAGCCUAGUGGAUUAGUGAUUAGUGAAACCAAAGCAAAACAGACCAACCAAUAGUUACGUGUGCCACAGACAGUCAGACAAGAAGAUGUCGUCAUUGCAGUGAGUGCUAGAUCGAGUGUGAGGGAUCCAGCUACAACAAAGUCGAAGUCAGUGUGCGAAGAAAAGGGGUUCAAGGAUAAACACGUCGCCGUCGUGGUGUGGGGCACAAGGGAUCAUCAACAUCAGCUGAACCGUGGCAGUGGGCGGCCCAAGAAUGCUGUAGCGGCAAAGGGGGGAAUGUUUUCCUUUCUCCUUCCUUUGCCAGCGUAAAUGUAUGAAUCGGUACCUUUUGUUUACGCGCCUACUGCGUUCCAAGACGAGCACGGAAGCAAAAACGAUCCAAAGGGAAACAACAGACAGAGAAGUCGGCGACGGCCAGCUAGUAGACGGGAACAUUGCUCCAUCGAGUUCUGCUGCGUUGUUCGGUUUUGGGCUGCGGUUGCACAAGACCCCGCCGUCGUCAGCUGAAAGUUGUUGGAAAUCUGCGAGAGAAUCCGUCUCGUCAUUGCCAGCCAGCUCCAAUGUGGUCGGUGUGGUGUGUUACAUCUAGUUUUGUUUAGUGUGUGCGCGAUGGAAGAAGAGUCGUAAAAGCUGCCUCAGUCAGCGGAAGAACAAAGAAACGUAAUUCAUCGAGAGUUUGUUUGUGGACUUUUGUGUACGGUAUUUGCGGAGAAAAUUGAGCUCCGAAGAAGAUGGCUGAUUUCGACGCGAUAUAUGAGGAGCAGGAACUGGCCGAACCGGAAGACCUGGAGGAGGGCCACGUCCAGAUGGUGCCGGAUCCUAUCGUCAUACGAGGGGCAGGAAAUAUGACAGUGUUCGGUUUGAGUAAUCGCUUCAACGUGCAGUUCCCAGCCGGUCUGGUGUCGCGCGUUGCCCCCGAGGAGUUCAAAGCGACCAUCCUGCGGAUCAACGCGGUCCUCAAGAAGACACUUCCGGUCAACGUGAAGUGGCUGUUUUGCGGUUGUGUGUGCUGCUGUUGCACCCUCGGUUGUUCCCUAUGGCCUGUGAUAUGUUUAAGUAAGCGGACUCAGCACACCAUGAACAAGCUGCUGGAGUGGGAGAACAGUCACCUGUACCAUAAACUCGGUCUGCACUGGCGGCUCAGCAAGCAGCAGUGCGACUCCAACUCGAUGAUGGAGUACGUCCUGCUGAUAGAGUUUAUACCCAAAACUCCGAUCUACCGUCCGGAUUAAGAAGCGGUGGUAGUGUUGGUUUGAACUCGUCGGUGGUUGGUUUCCUGGUUUUCACUUCCGUUUGAAAUGGUUUUCUUAGCGGCGAACCUAGCGACUGAAUGGGAAGGGAUAGCAGGUUAUAAUGGUCUGUUACUGUCCGGAAUCUAUAAUGACUAUCUGUGUUUGGAAACAUAUACUUCCUCCUUGAUCCCAUGCCCUCUUAAAGAUCGUCAAUAAGUUUCCACCAAAAAGUAGCAAACGGAAGUGACCCGAUACCGAAAGUGUCCGGGAUGAUCGGAAACCAAUCCCAACCCCAUAGUAUGUACCAUAGAGCUAGUAGUUGUAAUUGUGCGUUUUUUGUCGGUUAGAAUUUAGUUAAUCCUCUCUGUUGUGGAUGGGCGCAAAAGAGCCUCCCCCUUCUUGAAGCUACUCGCUGAAGAGUAGUCGGGCGGAGCGCCGCAGAAAGGACACCGCAUUACGUUUACAUAUUCGAAUUAAUUGUACAUAACAAAUAGAAAUCGAAAUCGUUA